AUGCCGCGGUCGAAUUGGACUUCCAAUCCGACAUACACAAACGAUGAUGGGCGUGUCCUCGGAGUGAGUAUCAACGAUGCUCUGAGCUCAAACUAUGAAGAAGACAGCAUCAAGAACAUGGUGUUGAACUCCCGUGUCAACAGUAGCGUCGCAGCAUAUUGGCCUUGGGUUGAAUAUCAGGAAAGCAGUGGUGAAAUCGUCGAGGUGCGAAAUCGCCUUAGGACUGAAUUCUCACCGGCAGCUGAGUGGGACAAGAAGAGACUCAAUAUCUCUGCGGAUAGUGAUAGUCGGCUGGCGUUGGUUCCACUAUCGACCAACUUCAGCAAGAUUGCUGUCCAAGGAGGUUAUGGGAUAUUCUACCAGGUUAAUGCAGCCUUGGUUGCGCUGAUACCGGACCUUGGAUCCGAUGAGCUCGCUACUGAUUAUGCGGACUCAUGGCCUACAGACUUCCCAGCUGUCACAAAUAUGCCAGGAGGUGCACCCUUUGCUGCGUUCUCAGUUGCCAGAAGUUCAGAUACUCUGCAGAGAAUAUUCACUUACGUCCUUUACCUUGACAACGAUGCAAACAUCAACGUCAUUUACAACGAUGCCUCCUCCUGGAAAACGGCUCAACCAGCUACCUUGAAGGGUGUUGACGCCGACACAGACAUUACCUGUCUCACUAUGGCCACGACGCACCGCGACUCUUUUACACAAGAAGUAGUACUUGGAGCGCAGUCUUUCGAUCCAAGGUGCUACUUCCAACGUGAGGGCUUGGUCAGAGAGGUGAUUCUGACUAAUAACGAGUGGGUGGAUAAUGGAAACAAAUAUGUCAAUAAAACUCUGACUGGGAUUCAGAAUCGAAUGCAGACACAAUACUUCGAUGAAAAUCAAAGUUGUAGGGUUUGUAUCAAUAUGUUCGAUCAAAGCGAAGACAAAUAUCAACUACAUUUAUGUGUAGUGAAAGGAUGGGUGUGCCGAAAGUGGACUGUUAAUCAACAGAACUUCAUGGGAGCGCGGAUACCAGUAGCAAGUUUCUCUGAGUUCCAUCAAGCUGAAAAAGAGCACACUAACGCUUGGCAUCCACCGGUGGCCGAGCUUAACAGACUCUUCGGGCCAGGUACCAUUUUCCUCACACCCUGGCUCAGCGCUUCAGAAGGCCGGUCUGGGAAACGCGCGGCCACGGACCCUCCUAUCCCCAUCUUCGAGUCUUCGACUCGUCACUCGGCGGGAAAAGCCUUGGGAGCUUCUUCCUCUUUGGGUCUCUGGGUCGGGUUGAAUAAUACCCACGUACCACUUCCGGAAGUGCAAUCACGAUUCGGGACGUCCCUGGCGAGGCUGUGUUACGUGUAUCUUUCGAUGCUUGUGGAGAAUUUUGCUUUGGAGGAGCGUACCUUGAUUUGGGGCAUUGGGCACAGCGAGCAUGUGCAGCACAAAUCACCCGCCCAUCGCAAAACUUACUUGAAAGUCACACAGGGCACAUCUGACGGCUGUAGCCGACCUCCCCACUGGGAACGGAUAAGGCAUUUUCAGCUCUUCGAGGCCUUGGGGAUCCUCUCUCGGCUCUCUAUGGAUGACGCAAGAAGCAUGCGUGCCUGA